GGGUGGGGUCCACAGUGUCUGAAUCCCAGUACAAAAUUCCGCCCAAGACUGAAAGAACUGGAGAAAUGAAAAAUUAAGACUAAUCAGGUAAUAUAUGACGUCAGGUAAUAUGACGUCUCUGAUUCCCAGCGCUUUGAACGCCGACGAAGACCUCGACGACGCCGCUUUAUGGGCCGCCGUCGAAUCAGCCGCCGACGCCGCUUCUCUCUCCGCAUCCUCCGCCACUAACCCUCAGAGAUUUGUCCCCCUCAGAAAUGCUUCCCCAGUCCCCGCCAUAUCCAGAACCCCCAGAAUCCAUCGAAAUUACUCCGACGGAGAGGUCUUGCAAGAAUCUCGGGGCCACGAUCAGAACCACCGGCCACCCAAAAUCGCCAGGUCGAACUCGUUUCAGAGGAGUCCGCAAACCCUGGCGGUGGUGAAGCACGUGCCCCGCACGCCUACGACGCCGCCGGUGUUUCACUCCCCGGAGGCCAGAACUGCAGAUGUUUCGCCAUUCUCCCGGAAUCGUAACUGUCCUCUUCAAUCUUAUCAUUCACCGGUUUCCACGCCGACGAAUCCGGAAACUACCGUGAUGCGACAUAGCUUGUCUGGUCGGUUCCCGACGGUGUCUCUGUUUAAAGAGUAUCAGGAUGCAGCUAUGGCGAUUCUUGAGAAAAGUGACUACACCAUGAUAUCUGGACACCCUUUCAUUAAGAAAACAGGGUGGAGGAAGAUAGCAUUCUACUUCAAUCUAUCUUUUGAAAUUAAGGAUAAGACAAUUGAAUUUGACGAACACCGCAAUGUUCAGCGAGCAGAGUUUAUUGUUCGGGCACAUAUGCAUGGUGGUAGAUUUUCAGAUGGAUGGGGCUCAUGUGAGAAGCGAGAAAAAAAGUUUAUGAAACCAAACCAUGAUAUUCCAAGCACAGCUGAAACUAGGGCAAAAAAUAAGGCAUGUCAGGAUCUUCUAGGUAUUGGAGAAUAUCGUCCUGGUGGUAGCCAUGGUCAGCAAUAAAUCGAAUUUACAGAGUUCAAGCUGAAAGUCUUGGUUAAUAGCUGAUCCAAACGAGAAGAGGUGUUUAUACAUCGUAAGCAUAGAUUUUCCUCACAAAGCUUCUAAUUUGAGGUGAUAUUUUGAAUGGCUUUAUUUUUCAGUAACCAAGGAUCCAAAAGGUAACAGAGACUUGUUAACUAAAUGGUUUCUAUUCCAUGAAGCAGCAAUGUUCUCUCAAAAAUCAAAAUGAUUUACUGGGAUAAACAUAUUACUCUUGAUUGAUUCACACUCGGUACUGUUGCUUUUUAAGAGUUGUCAGAGGCCCAAUCCUUAUUUUUGCAGAAUGCACAUGAAACCUCUUCCUUGUUUAUAUUAACC